AGGAAAUGGAUCCCCUCAGCAAUUGACAGGUCUGUGGAUCCUUAAUACAUUAUCCUCAAACACAUUGUUACGAACAUUUACUAGUCAAAUUCAAGAGUGAACACUGGAAGGUAAUCACCCAAUGUCUUUCAGCAUGGAGAGAGCAGAUCAGUAUCGGAGUGGGCACUAAAUGUUACAUAGAAGAACAAAAAGCAGAGAAGAACCUUCUUCAGAGUGAAGAGUCCUUUGACUAUAUGAUCUUCAUGAUUUCAUGUGAUAAUGUACUUCUGGACAGUUUCUACCAACAUAAAGAACCUCUAAGAGUUUAUAUAGAGAAAACGUAUUUGAAGAAAUAUCACUCUUUAAGACUCCCUAAAUUCGAAAGAUUGAUCAUAAAGAAAGAUAAACAAGGAGAAAAAAUGGCUUUUGUAGACUACUUUUCUCCAUUAAAACAUCCAAUUGAUGAGCUUACUAUUUCAGCCAAGAGAACUGGUGAGAAGAUUAAGUGGUGCCUUCCAUUGAUCCUGAACCACCCAGGGAAGCUACAGAGAGUCUCCUUCAGCUGCUUCUUGAUCUUAACCAAAGAAUUAAAGAGGCUAUUCUCAGCUUGAGAUUUUAUGAAGAAUAUAAUCUUUGCUCAAUGCGAGUUCGGAAUUGAUGUUAAUCAUAAGUUGUUACCUCCUGCUGGCUGGGAGAGCAGAAGCAAAGUUACAGAGAAAAUCCAGAUCAUUGGAUGCACUUUUCCAGGAAGUUCAGAUGAAUUUAAAGCCAUCGUGAGACAGUUUUAUCCUAAAACUAAGAUACAAAUAAGCAAUUAAUCGGUC